AUGCUUAAGCUGCUUCUGUCUGUUGUCUCACCUUUACAUGAUACAGCAGAGCGUUGGCGACCGGACAGUUUGUUACAAUGGGCAAUCACAAGUGGGAAUAACUCGGUGGCGAUUGCCGUGCAGGCGCUCGCGACGUUUGAUACUCCUGCUCGACUAAAAAUACUCGAGGCUAUUUUCCAAUCACUAUUUCGGCGCGAUCCUACACAUGGAGAUGCUGAUAUCAAUCACAAGAACAUGCGCGGCUUAACGGCUUUUGAUGUGGCUGAAACAACAGCAACUAAACAGAUUCUUAUAAAAUUCGGUGCUCGGACUGCCCGCAUCAUUUCUGUGGAGGAAGCUCUUCGCUGGAAUUGCAAUCGAUAUCGAGACGAGAUCGGGUAUCUAUCUAUCUGUGCCUGGACGAUGCCGACUGUUUUUUCGAGAGAACGUUACUUAGCCCGCUCAGUUUAUGCCUUUUUUGUCUAA